AUGCAUUUCGUAAUUUUUUCUAUUGUUACCAUUGUGUUAACUAUCAGCGUUUGGCAAUCAGAGAGCAAUAGAAAUUGUUACAAUGCGAAGACUUGCAUGCACAGUGGAAUAGAAAGAUGCGGUGUAGACGAAAACGGACGACUAAGAAAAUUUUUGGAUAUGUGUGAUAUUCAUGAGUUUAAUUGUCUCCAAAAUACUUGUAAUAGCAAUCAAUAGAUGAUACAACGCCCUUUGAAGCCGGGCACGCGAAGGUCAUCAACGAACAUUGGUGUUGGCGAGCAAGAUACUGCCACACGCCGGGUAAGAAGAUUUGCGGUGUAGACAAAAGACGAAAGCAACGGAGAGUAUUUCACACUACCUGCGAUUUGUAUAAGCAUAAUUGUGAACAAGGCAACGACUUCUCACCGGCUAAAUGGAUACAAUGUGCUAAGAAAGUAUAUAAAUGGUGA